UACAUUUCCCGGCCUGCCCUGGACUGUAGCCGGCGGUGGAAGAGAUUGUGAGGUGAGAGGAGCUGCCUUCUGCCGUCCUGCCGGUCCGUCAGAGAAUUUCCUCCCCCGCAGUGGUGUGUCCUCCAUACCUGCCCUCUCCUGCUGGUCACUAUGAACCUGGAACGAGUCCCCAACGAGGAGAAGCUGCAGCUGUGCCGGAAGUAUUAUCUGGGUGGAUUCGCGUUGCUGCCUUUCCUGUGGUUGGUGAACGUUCUCUGGUUCUUCAAGGAAGCUUUCUUCAAGCCGGCCUACACGGAGCAACCUCAGAUACAGAGCUAUGUGAAGCGAUCGGCGUUCGGCCUCUUGUGUGUGGGUGGCGAUCCUGACCACCUGGAUCAGCAUCUACCAAACCCAUCGAGCCAGCUGGGGGGCGACCGGUGACUACCUCUCCUUUACAAUCCCUCUGGGCAUCCCCUGA